GGUAGGAGGAGGGGGGGCCCUGGGGCAUCGGGGUCCCUUCUCCCUGGUUUUCGAACGAGUAGAGGUCGCUUCUCAACCCUUAGCGCUUUCCGCGCCUCUCAGCCGGGCCUUGCAGACGGUUUCGCGCCUGGGCGCCGCCUAGGUUGAGUGUGGUUCUUAAUAAGAAAUAUCUGCCAGACAUCAAGAUCUAAGAAGAGACAGGAAAGUGUGUUGUAAUUUGAGUCACGGCUGUAGACAAGUGGACUGGAUAAAUUGAUUAAAACAUAGGUGGCCUGUUAAGAAGAGUGACCGUAAAUACUGGGAAAAUCUGCUCUUCUAUAUAAGGGUGACACAAUGUCACAAGUUACAACUCCUUAUUCCUUUGAUGCCCCCUCGGACUUCAUCAAUUUUACCUCUUUGAAUACUGAGGAAGAUACUGAAAAUGUAGACUCAUGGUUUGACAAGAAGGCCAACUUGGAGAACACGUUUCCUGGGAACAAUGGGAUCGGGGAGCUUUUUCCUGCCAAGACUUCUUUGAGAAAAGCUAAACUUCAGCAAGGUGGUACCACACCUUUGAAACCAGUUGACAACACUUAUUAUAAAGAUGCAGAAAAAGAAAAUCUUAUAGAACAUUCUGUUCCAUCAAGUGUUUGUUCUUCCUUGGAACUUGAGGGAGCCAUAUCAAAACAUACUCCAGCCCAGCCUCAGAGAAGAUCUACUAGACUCUCUGCUCAGAAGAAUUUGGAACAGAAGGAAAAAUGCCAGGUUCAAAUGAAAGCAAAGAGAUGUGCAACGCCUGUCAUCACCAGUGAAAUUCCACCUUCCAAGAAAAUGAAAGUGUCUCACAGUGAAAAGAAACCAAAGGAGGAUGAAGAAGACAGUGCUCAAGGUACUUCCAAAAAGAAUGGAUCUUCCCCAGAGAAAGCCAAGGGCAAACAGUCUUUGACUUGUGUGCCACCUGUAAGGCACAAAGUUCUAAAAAGUACUGAGGAGCAAGAGUUAGAGAAAACAUUGAAAAUGCAGCAGGAAGUGAUGGAGAUGCGGAAAAAAAAUGAAGAAUUUAAGAAGCUUGCUCUUGAAGGAGCAGGGCAACCUGUGAAGAAAUCAGUGAGCCAGGUCACCAAACCUGUUGACUUCUACUUCCGCACAGAUGAGCGAAUUAAACAGCAUACUAAGAACCAGGAGGAGUACAAGGAAGUAAACUUUACCUCUGGACUGCGAAAGCAUCAUCCUUCUCCUGCUAGAGCGACUAAGGGAUGUACGAUUAUUAAGCCUUUCAACCUGUCCCAAGGAAAGAAGAGAACAUUUGAUGAAACAACUUCUGCAUAUGUGCCCCUCGCACAGCAAGUUGAAGCCUUCCAUAAAAGAACCCCUAACAGAUAUCAUUUGAGGAGCAAGCAGGAAGGUUUUAGCCUCUUACCCUCCAAGUCUUCUGUGACCAAAAUCUCCAGAGAUCCUCAGACUCCAGUACUGCAGACGAAAUUACGAGCAAGGCCUGUGACAUGCAAGAGUGCUGCCGAGCAGGAGGCAGAGGAGCUUGAGAAAUUGCAACAAUACAAGUUCAAAGCACGGGAACUUGAUCCCAGAAUUCUUGAAGGUGGGCCCCUCUUGCCCAAGAAACCCCCUGUGAAACCACCCACCCAGCCUAUCGGCUUUGAUUUGGAAAUUGAGAAAAGAAUUCAGGAGCGAGAUUCAAAGAAGAAAUCAGAGGAUGAACACUUUGAGUUUCAUUCCAAACCUUGCCCUACUAAGAUUUUGGAAGAUGUCAUGGGUGUUCCUGAAAAGAAGGUUCUUCCAAUUACCGUUCCUAAGUCACCUGCCUUUGCAUUGAAGAACAGAGUCCGAAUGCCUACAAGAGAAGAUGAGGAAGAGGAUGAACCAGCAGUGAUAAGAGCUCAACCCAUGCCACAUUAUGGUGUGCCUUUUAAGCCUCAACUCCCAGAGCCAAGGUCUGUGGAAGUACGCCCCUUUUCCUUUGACUCUCGGGACAAAGAACGCCAGCUACAGAAGGAGAAGAAAAUAAAAGAGCUGCAAAAAGAGGAGGUGCCCAAGUUUAAGGCACUUCCCUUGCCUCAUUUUGAUACUGUUAACCUGCCAGAGAAAAAGGUAAAGAAUGUGACCCAAACGGAACCUUUCGUCUUGGAGACUGACCGAAGAGGUGCUCAGAAGGAAGAGAUGUGGAAACACCAGCUGGAGGAAGAACUGAAACAGCAGAAAGAAGCAGCUUGUUUCAAGGCUCGUCCAAACACUGUCACCUCCCAGGAACCCUUUGUUCCCAAGAAAGAGAAAAGAUCUGUUGCUGUUCAGGAACCUUUUCAGCUUGCCACUGAGAAGCGAGCCAAGGAGCGGCAGGAACUGGAAAAGAGAAUGGCUGAGGCAGAAGCCCAGAAAAUCCAGCAGUUGGAAGAGGCCAGGCAACAGGAAGAAGAGCAGAAGAAGGAGGAGCUGGCCAGGCUACGGAAAGAACUGGUGCACAAGGCAAAUCCAAUACGCAAGUACCAGGCUCUGGAGGUGAAGUCAAGUGACCAGCCUCUGACUGUGCCCGUGUCUCCUAAGUUUUCCACUCGAUUUCACUGCUAAGGCCAGCUGUGAGCUUACGGAUACCAUGUGACAACAGACACUGCUUUUACAUCACACCAGGCAUGGAGAAAACGUCUCCAGACUUCGACCCAUUUCUGACAGAGCAUCCCUAAGAGCUGUGAACGUCGAUUUGCUGAAAAGUGGUUUUUGUGCAUUUUUGAGGCUAAUAAUGAGACUCAAUCCAUCUAUGCCUCAGUCAGACUUGUUGUAGUUAUGUCCUUUAAACAUCACUUGACUCAAUAUAAUCUUAACUAGUAUUUCAAGUCUCUGUGUCAGCACAGUGCAAUUCUGUUUCCUCUUAUCCCUUUCCUUUUUUAUAUUUGUAUUUUACUUAGGAAAUAAACGUAGUUAAGUCCUGC